GUUUGUUCCUUCGUUUGUUGUGAGUGAACUUCUGAUGCUAAAAAUAUCCAAACAUUCAAUACAGUUUUAUAUCAUUUGCGUUCUGCGAUUUUGCAAAUGAUGGUAAUAAUAGAUUUGAUUUGAUGGUUCAGGUACUCCUUCAUAAUGGAAGAGCACGAGGACCAUAGUUCUGAAGAGAUCCUCCAGGAAAAGGAGUCUCAAGAAGAUGACAAUGUUGCAAGCCCUGAGAACUCCAUAAGCGAACACAUAACAUCAAACAGUGGCAGCAUAGAAAAUGAUCGUUCCUUUCAAGAAAUCGAAGUGUUCAAUCAACCCAGCGCCUUUGAAAAUGCCUUUCAUCCCAUGGAGAAUAUUUCCCAAGAACAAAAACCAAGUUCGUUAGACUUAAGCAGCUUUGGUAGCUAUGGUUUACUGGAUAAUAUGGAUAGGCCCUCAAGAAAUAGCUCAAGAAAUGCCAAAAGUGUUUUAGAAGAAAUUUUGGCAAACACCGAAUUUGAUUUGUCAGAUGAUAAAGAGGAGAGUUUCAAUUUGUUUGCAAACUUGGACCUCAGUGAUAAAAGUUUGGUUUCAAAUAAAACAACUUGCGAUAAACAAUUGGACCUAGAAAAAGACAAAGACGGUACAAGUUUAAAAGUAAAACAAUUAGUAGAAAUUGUGGCCAUGAGAGAUACAACUAUUAAUGCUCUUACUCAAGAGUUGGAUUCUUUCAGGGAAAUGAGUAAUCCUACUUAUACUUCGAGUAUGGUUUCUGUUACUGAAUAUAAACAGUUACAAGAAGAAUGCCAUAAUAAGAUAAUGGAAUGCAACAGUAUCAUAGCUGUCAAAAACGACCAAAUUCAAAAAUUAUCAGAAUCUCUAGAUCAAACAUUGUCUGAAAAAAAAGAAUUGCUCAACGAAGUGAAUGGUUUCAAAGAGGAAAUCGCUCAAUUACAGCAGCAAUUACAAGAGACUGCUAAAAUGGUUGAAAACCAUCAAUGUGUUGUUGCUCAACAAAAUGAAGUUCCUGAAAUUGUUCCUGAAUUAGAAGUAGAAUGUCUUGAUGUUGAAAAACAAAAACUUUCAGAAUUGGUGGAAAAAUUACAAAAUGAAGUAAUAGAUUUAAAGGACCAAAUGAAACUUAAUAACGAAGAUUAUGCAAAUGAGAUUGCCAGCCUUCAAGAUUUACUUGAAAGCACCAAACGUAGUUCAGAGGAGCUGGUGGAGAAGCAUUCAAGAGAUCUAAAAGACUUGAGGGAGUAUUUUGAGAAAAAAUGUGUGGAACUGGAGAAAAAUUACUCUGAAGAAGUAUUCAGUCAACAGAGCCGUAAACUAUCUGGUUCAAGUUCGGAAGCAGAUUUGAGCGGCGAUUUUCUACUAUCCAGUCAACCCGGUCCAGAUGGUGAUGGUGAAAUCAAAAUAUUCAAAUCAAAAGAAGACGUGGAGAAAUUCAAAGAAACCUUGUCUAAUUUUGUAAUAAAGUUAUCAAAACAUUCUUUAGAAGACGUUAGCGAUAAGACGCUGAUAAAUAUUGAGAUUGAGGUUAGAAACGAGCUCAAUGCGUUGCUUAAGAUUGGAGAAAAAUUGGAAAUCAAGGCUGUGGAAAGUAAAUAUUUGGAAGAGAUAUCGGAUUUGAGAUAUCAAUUGGAUAUAGAAGUGAAACGGCAUAGGCAUUUGAGUAUUUGUUCAGCUGCUCAAGAAGUGGUCAGUUCAGGAGACUUUGAGCUUACCGAAGUAGUACAAAGCUAUGAAAGACGUUUACAAGAACAGAUAGCCAUCGCCAAAAUUGACCUCGUCAACGAAUUGGAAACUCAAAUUCAGAGAUUGGUAUCAAACGAAAGUGAUGAGGAGGAAUUGCCUUCAGAGCUUCGGGAACUACGUGAGAGAUUUACAGCAAAAUAUGAAGCAGAAAUACAAGAUUUGAAGGAGAAACACGAAAUUGAAGUCACAAAGCUCAAAGACGACCAUUUGAAGAUAUUAAAUGGCGCUUUGGAAAGAGCUAGAAGACGUAGCUUGAAGGACGAGUCGAGUAAAAGCGAAAUAGAGUUGCUCAAGGAGAGAGAUAGCCUGAAGAAACAAGUGAUUUCUUUAAGAAAUCUUUUGUCAGAGCUGGUGCAAUAUUUCACACAAGCAGAGGAUGAGCUGAAUAAUACUUUAGUGGACAAUUUAGUUAAGCAAAACAAUGAAACUAGCCUAAAUUUGAGCCAGUUAGAGGCUGACUUGAAUCAAGACAGUUCCAGUGGUGGUACAACAAAUUCCAGUCGAGUUUUUGAUAGCCUAGCCAACAAAACCCGCGUGCAUUUCGCACCAAAUUUUGGAGAAUUGAUUAAUAUGAUCGAGCAUCAAAGCCAGCAUCACGACGAGUCUAUUGAUAUUUCGAUUGAUCUUAAAAAUGAACUGGGGAUGUGUUUGGAGAAAUUGAAACAGGAAGCCAAUGCUAUUCUGACUUUAACUGCUUUGCCUAAGGGGAAUAAUUCCACUACUGAGGAACAAAUUGCUUUGGUGUCUAAACAAUUGGUUUUUGAGACUCAACAUAGAGACAGAUUGAAAGCAGAACUGGUUGAUGCAAACCUGAUCAUUGCUGCACUGGAAAAGGAAAAAGAGGUAUUAGAGGCUAGGAGUGAUGAGUUAUUCAACAAGGUAACUAUUUUGGAAAGCGAUUUGGAGGAACUGAGAUACAAGAUGGCGGAGUUGAUUGAAAAUGGACAAGCUGAGGUGAUUUCUGUAGGAUAUGGUGAAGGGGGAAAUGCUACCAGUCAAGAUCUAGGCGAUACAAUGACUGCCCUCGCCGAUAUUCAUGAACAAGCCAGAACAAUGCUGGCACAUUCGCGAACCAGUGCAGAUCCUAACGUUCUGCGACUCAUCGAGGAACUUUGUAGAGUCGGUGAAAAAAUUAAGGAAGAGGCGAAGAAAGAAUCUAGGGAUUUGUUGCAACAGAUCGAGGUGGCCGACAAAAAAUAUAAAACCACCCAAAAAUUCCUGGAAGAUCAGGCAGUAGAACGGGAACAGGAAAGGGACGAAGCUCAAAAGAAGAUCGACAAUCUUUGUGCUCAGCUGAAAAAUAGAGACAAGGAUAAGGCUUAUUAUCAAAUCAUGACUUCUGAGCAUCAUGGCAAGUGUAGCAGUAGAGUGCACCAAGUAGACGCUUAUCAGGUAGAAGAACUGCAGCAGCAAAUCCACGAUCUAAAUCACAUUAUAGAAGACCAAAGCCACAAAUUCAAAGAGCUAGAAUCUGAACGGGACGAAGCUGUAGAAAAAAUCCAAUUAUUCCGCGACAUAGUUAGAGAUUUAGAGGAGAAAAACGACACCAAGGGCCAACAGAUACGGCAACAUUUACGGGAUAUAGAAAAACUCGAAUGUAUUGUCAAUCAGCAAAGUCAGUCUCUGGACGGACACUCAUUAUUUGGGGAUGUUUCAGAUUUGCAGAAUCUCCGGAAACAGUGCGAUGACCUGCAAGAAGAAGUGCAGAAAUUGAGGAUUGGUGCUGAAUUGGCUGGUAGCGAAGGGGCUCUGAAGCAGAUUAAGAUACAGAUCCACGAAAUCGAAUUGGACGUGGACAAGAAAACCCAAGAACUGGAACAACUACACUCAACAGGCAGAAACAGUUGCAGCUCACGUUCAGAGGAUAUGUCUGUUGGGGAUUUGCUUAGAGCUCGAGCCUCCAACGCUAUGGACGAGUGCGAGGUACCACUGCAACAGCUGGCCAGACUCAAAGAAAAACUCACCAGACACACGCGAGCUGAAGAGGCUGCCAUAAAACGGAUCAACGAUCUGGAAAUGCUAGUAAGCACGCUGAAAACCGAAAUCGAAGAAGCCACAAAUGAGAAAGAGUUUCUGAAACGUCAAAUUCAAGAACAAAUAGUACUACUGAGCGAUUUUCAAAUAAGAUUGGACCAGCAAAGAAUCAAAGCUGAACAUAUUGAGAAACAAACAAAUACAUCACUGGAAACUAAGAUAUACGAUUUGCAAAAUGAAAUAGUGGAUUUACGGGAAAAAUUAAGAAAUAAAGACAAAACUAUUCAUUUGCAAGAAACAAAUAUUAAAGACAUUCAAAGAAGAUUAAAGGAUCGGGAAAAUGACAUUGCAACAGCCAAAGAUGAUGAACUAGUGGUCGACAUGCAAAAAGAAUUAGAAGUUUUACGACAAGAAAAUCAACAAAUGAAAGACAAAUUAUCAACAGACAAUCAAAUUUUACCAAAUUUAGUUGAGAACAUUAUUCAAGACAAAAAUCACGAUAUUGAAAAAUUACGUGAAAAGCUUACAGAAGCUGAAAAACUACUAUUCAGCUACACCUCAUUAAAUUUGGACAAAAACGAUCUUAGGACUUUGGCUAAGCUCAAAAACGCGGGCGGUUCCAUUGAGCAGCUGAUUUCUAUUUUGGAUUUGAGUCAACCCAUAGAUCAAAUGAGACGGUAUGACAACAGUAGAGUGGAUUUCAGUGCCGGAGAACCUUUUACAUUGAAGAAAAAUGACGAUACUGAGUUUUUGGGUAGCACUACUGAACCAGAGAUAUCUUCUAUUGAAAAAAUUGGGCCAGCGAAUUUGCAUUACACCAUGGCUGCUCCUUUGGGCAAACCCAAUUCGACUGAACUACACCAAAAAUCCGCCGAAAAACGUGUACACUUCCAAGACAGUGCAAACCAAAAGAAUUUAACAAUGGAAAUAGAAAUCCUGCGAAAAGAAAUCGAAGGAAAGAACAAAAUAAUUUUAGAAAUGGAAGCAAAAAUUGAAAAACUCAACGACUUUGAAGAAAAAAUGAACAAACUCCAAGUUUGCUUAGACGAAACUGAAAAGGCCCUCACGAACGCCACAAGAACAUUCGAAAAAGAACAGGAAGAAGCUAGGGAAAACUUGCAGAAAUUAGGAGUCCAGCUAGCAGAAAAGAAGAUGCAAUUAUCAGAGAGGGACAAGGAAAUACAACUGCUAAAAGAAGAUUCUCAAAGAAAAGAUUCAAUGUAUUUCCAAUUGGCAAAUGAAAAGCGCGAGUUGGAUCGAAAUUUGGAACAAUUUGAAAAGGAACACCAAAGUUACGAAGAAAUAAAUACCAGAUUAGUUAAAGAACUAGAAAACAAAGAUGCAAUUAUUGAACAUGUUUCUUCGGAAAAUGAAAGUUCAAAAGAAAAACUACUCAGUUUGCAAAAGGAAAUAACUCACAAAGUUGAAUUAAUUGAAAAAUUAAGGGAACAAAUUACUCAAAAUGAUACUUUGGUCGUAGACUUGAAGAGCGACGUACAUAUUUUAAAUGAGGACUUGAAGUACUACCAAAAUCAGGCGACUGAACUUGAGAAAAAAGUAGCGAUACUCGAAAAUCCUGCCUUCAACAAACAAGCUCAAGAAGAGAAAUUGAAAAAGUCUCAGUUAAUUAAGGAGGUGGCCCAAUUGAACGAUUUAUUAAGGGAAAAAGAAGCACUGAUAGAAAAAAUGACUGAGGAUCAAGAAAAUCUUCAUUCCAAUCUGGUUAGCAUCGACAAUAAAAUAAAGGAACGUGGGAAUAUUUUUGAUUUGAAUGAUAGGUUGAAAAACGAACAAAAGAAGAACGCCGAUUUAUAUUUGGAAAUUCACAAAUUGAAAGCCAGUUUAUUCAAUUACGAAAUGGCCUCCAAUGAUGCUGUCGAUGAGAUUACCGGACAAGUGAAAGAAGAAUUGGCGUGUGCAGCUCAGAUAGAUUCGAAUAUUCUUAACGCUGUCAGCGAUCAUAGUUUAAGUUCAAUUUCUGAAGGACAAGAUGUGGAGUAUUACAUGAAUUGUCUCAAAAAACAAAAAAUCCGAAACAAACACCUACUGCAAGUCAUCGACGGUUUGAAAAAGCAAACCCCCAGCACGGAACAACAAGAAAAUAUAGUACAGCAAAAACUAGAUGAAAUGCAACGUUUAAUGGAAAACGACAACAUAAUUAACCAACAAAAAAGGAUUGAAGAUGCUAAAUUAAUGGAACAUUUACGGAUAAAAUUGGAAGGUGCCUUGGAUUAUCAAGAACAAUUGCAGAAAGCUUUGGAGGAAGAAAGGCUCAUCAGGAAAUCUUUGGAGAUUCAGUGUGAAGAUUUAAAGAAGCCUACCAGUAGCUCAGAUUCGACUACCAAAUACAAAUCCCUACCCGUUCAAGGUGUACUGGAACGUGUUAGCAAAGAGCUAGAAAUUAUUAAGCAAGAGAAAGCAAACCUCAUGGUGGAAUUUGAAACCUUAAAGCAAAAUAACAGUGUGUUGGACUAUAAUCUAAAAUAUACCAAAAAAAUGUUGAAUCUGGAAAUUGAAAAGAAUCGCACUCGAGACGAAGAAUUUAGGGCUUUGUUAGAGAAGGAAAGAAAAUUGUUUGACGAGUUUUCAAGAAAAAAAUGUGAGUUGGAGACUAAGGAACGGGAGAUAGAAGAAAAAAAAAUUAAAAUGGCUGAGCUAGAACAUGAUAAGAAGCUUCUCAAAAAACAAAAGGCUGACCUAAUGAAAGCCCUUAAAACACAAACUACGAGAACAAUUACGCCAUCAAUAGAAAACGCCAUCGCACCAGAAGCUUUUGAAAACCUUAGAAAAGAACUCGUCCUGAAAUCGAAUUACAUCACACAACUUUUAAAUGAAAAAAAGAUGCUCGAAAAUUUGGCGAACAACGAAAUUAGAAACAGUGUUGAUGGAAAUAUGCCUUAUGAGGAUUUAGUGGCUAGAUGCAAUUUCUUAUUUGCAAAAACCAUGAGAUUGGACAGCGUGAAGAAAAUCCUAAUUUGGCAAAAGUGUUACCUCAUCGAUUACUUACGGAACCACCAAAGGCACUGCCUCACCGCAGUUUUACCCAGACAACCACACGAGGAUUAUUGUUUGAGGCGCAAACGUUCACCUUUACAAUACUUCAGGGCAGCAGUUUAUACACUCAUCUCGAUUGAGAGAAUGAAAUUUUUGGUAAGACGAUGGCAUAGUGGAAUAAGGAAAUAUGAAAAAGUCAACGCUAGGCAUUAUCAAAGUUCCAUAGAGACGUUUCUUAAAGCAAAUCUAGAAAACGUACCUAAAUUUCAUGUAGGUCAGCCUUUGAGGCAUCAUCCUACUAAUCCCUUUUCCAAGAAUAUUAUUUUGACCAGCGAUCCCAGAUCAGUUUCUCCCACUGUCAAUCAAGAAGCUGGAAUUGUAGGUACCUCUUGGUCAGGAUUUUCGCCUCCGUCUAAAGAAACACGAAUUGUUGGAAGUUGGAAUACUAAAACAGGGCCUCAAUCUGUAACUAGAGAAGACUCCACUCCUCUACAAGCACCUCAGCUACUUGCACAGCUACAGGAACGCGUAGACCAAAUCCAAGACAGACUAAGUAUACCAUUUUCUACAGCUGAUACUUUGCCAUAGCUAUCUGGACUAGAAUACUAAGUUAGAUUAAGUUAAAAUAUGUUUUAUUUUUGGUAAAUUUGACUUUUAGGUUUGAAAAAUUAUUGAAAAGAUUUAGGUUUUCUAGUCAGUAUUCAGUAUUUUUUAUUCCAAUAAAAUAAAGUUAAUUUUAUUAGUUUAUAUUUAAUCAAAGAGGCAUUGCCUGCGAGUGCCAUUUUAGAAUAUUGACCUGUUUAUUUACGUUUUUUGAUUUGUUUUGUCAAAGUUGCCUUAUUGAGCCAAGACUUAUUAUAUUAUAUUAAUGUUAUAGAAGGUUUUCCUAUAUGAUAUUUGUGGAGAACAGACUUUUGUAGAAUAAAUCGUUUUCGUUUUUAUGUAAUUUGUAUGAUUUUAGAAGGAGAUAGUAUGAAGGGGUAAAUGAGGGAAAGAUGCAGACGAAUUUUAUUAUUAUUAUAUUAUUAUUUUUUUCUUAUUUUUAUUAUUAUAAUUUAAACAACAGCAAGCGGUAGAACCACAGCUUGUAGAACCGAUGGAGC